AUGACAAUCUUCCCCCGUGACUCCGCUUUUACCAUUUACGGCGCCUGGUUCGCACUCGGGCUAUGGUAUGCAAACAGCUACGUGCAGAUAUUGCUGGCCUUCAAUCGGUGUUGCAUUCAAUGCGCUCUUGUCUGCGCCUUCUACAUGGGUACCUGGGUGACAGUCCAUAUUCUGCCACUAACCGGAGUGAAGGCCCGCGAAGUCUACUUCCUCUCGCCAAUGUCCUACCUCCUGGACACUGGCGUCAGCUCGUUAGUCGUAUGGCUGAACGAGAAGGCUCGCACGGCCAGCUACAAGCCGAAUGGUGUCGGCACGGGCGCCGCCCCCAGCGAGGCCACCGAGACGCUGGCUGGA